CGAGCCCCCCGCGCCAUGGCCGAGAGGAAGCAAUCCGGGAAGGCGGCAGAGGACGAAGAGGUCCCUGCCUUUUUUAAAAACCUGGGUUCAGGCAGCCCCAAGCCCCGGCAGAAAUUCUGUGGCAUGUUUUGCCCGGUAGAAGGGUCCUCGGAGAACAAGACCAUCGACUUCGACUCACUGUCGGUGGGCCGGGGCUCGGGGCAGGUGGUGGCUCAGCAACGGGACGUCGCCCACUUGGGUCCCGACCCGCAGCCACCGUACUCCCGGCAGGGCCGGCGCGCGGGUGGGGAGCCAUCUGUUGAAUCCGGCCGGAAGGUGGAGAUCCGGCGGGCCUCGGGCAAGGAAGCCCUGCAGAACAUCUACGACCAGAGUGAUCGGCUUCUGAUCAAAGGAGGUAAAAUCGUUAAUGAUGACCAGUCAUUCUAUGCAGACAUAUACAUGGAAGAUGGGUUGAUCAAGCAAAUAGGAGAAAACCUGAUUGUGCCAGGAGGGGUGAAGACCAUCGAGGCCCAUUCCAGGAUGGUGAUUCCUGGAGGGAUCGACGUUCAUACCCGCUUCCAGAUGCCUGACCAGGGAAUGACAUCCGCCGAUGACUUCUUUCAAGGCACCAAGGCAGCGCUGGCUGGGGGAACCACCAUGAUCAUUGACCAUGUCGUACCAGAGCCUGGGACGAGCCUGCUGGCCGCCUUUGACCAGUGGAGGGAAUGGGCCGACAGCAAGUCCUGCUGUGACUACUCUCUGCACGUGGACAUUACCGAGUGGCACAAGGGCAUCCAAGAGGAGAUGGAGGCCCUGGUGAAGGACCACGGGGUAAAUUCUUUCCUCGUGUACAUGGCUUUCAAAGAUCGCUUCCAGCUAACGGAUUCCCAGAUCUAUGAAGUACUGAGCGUGAUCCGGGAUAUCGGUGCCAUCGCCCAGGUCCACGCAGAGAACGGCGACAUCAUUGCAGAGGAACAGCAGAGGAUCCUGGAUCUGGGCAUCACGGGCCCCGAGGGACAUGUGCUGAGCCGGCCUGAGGAGGUCGAGGCUGAAGCCGUGAAUCGUUCGAUUACCAUUGCCAACCAGACCAACUGCCCCCUGUACGUCACCAAGGUGAUGAGCAAGAGCGCUGCCGAAGUCAUUGCCCAGGCUCGGAAAAAGGGAACCGUGGUGUAUGGCGAGCCUAUCACUGCCAGCUUGGGAACUGAUGGCUCCCACUACUGGAGCAAGAACUGGGCCAAGGCUGCUGCUUUUGUUACCUCCCCACCCCUGAGCCCCGACCCGACCACUCCGGACUUUCUGAACUCCUUGCUGUCCUGUGGAGAUCUCCAGGUUACUGGUAGUGGCCAUUGUACGUUCAACACUGCCCAGAAGGCUGUAGGAAAGGACAACUUCACCCUGAUCCCUGAAGGCACCAAUGGCACGGAGGAGCGGAUGUCCGUCAUCUGGGAUAAGGCUGUGGUCACUGGGAAGAUGGAUGAGAAUCAGUUUGUGGCCGUGACCAGCACCAAUGCGGCCAAAGUCUUCAACCUUUACCCCCGGAAAGGCCGCAUUGCCGUGGGAUCUGAUGCUGACCUGGUCAUCUGGGACCCCGACAGCGUUAAAACCAUCUCUGCCAAGACCCACAACAGUGCUCUUGAGUACAACAUCUUUGAAGGCAUGGAGUGCCGUGGCUCUCCACUGGUGGUCAUCAGCCAGGGGAAGAUUGUCCUAGAAGACGGUACCCUUCAUGUCACCGAGGGCUCCGGGCGCUACAUCCCUCGAAAGCCCUUCCCUGAUUUCGUUUACAAACGUAUCAAGGCAAGGAGCAGGCUGGCAGAGCUGAGGGGGGUUCCUCGUGGCCUGUAUGACGGACCUGUGUGCGAGGUGUCUGUGACACCCAAGACAGUCACUCCAGCUUCCUCGGCUAAGACGUCCCCGGCCAAGCAGCAGGCCCCACCUGUCCGGAACCUGCACCAGUCUGGAUUCAGCUUGUCUGGCGCUCAAAUUGACGACAACAUCCCCCGCCGUACCACCCAGCGCAUCGUGGCGCCCCCUGGUGGCCGUGCCAACAUCACCAGCCUGGGUUAGAGUUCCUGAGCCACACAGUUCACUUGGGGAUGGGGGAUGGGACACCUGAGGACAUUCUGAGACUUCCUUCCUUCUUUUAUUUUUUUUCUUUAAGAGCCUGUGAUAGUUACUGUGGGGCAGCCAGUUCACGGGGCUCCCUCUUGGGCCCCACACUCCGUUCGUCACCCGGAGUCACUGAUUUUGCUCACCCACUUCCCUACACAUCUACGAAUAUCACACCACGUCUAUCCACCAACCCCAUACAUGGGACUGCAUCCAACACAGACAUGCGAAACAGAGCAAAUCACCACGAGGGUGUUUUCCAUCUCUAAUCUCUGUUGUACUUAUCAUCUUCCUUUUCAUUGUGGGGGAAGAUAAAGUGAAUUGCCCAGAGCUGCCUUUUUCUUUUUAAAUUAAAAAAAAAAAAGUUUUCUUUGUGGGGCUGGGAGGGGUGGGUGAGGGAGGGGAUGAGUUGUUUUUUUUUAAUACUAAAUUGGAAAGCUUAAUUCAAUAGUAAUACAAGGGGUUUGAACUGGACAUCCUAAUGAUGCAAUUACGUAACCGUCAAGCUGAUUCAGGGUGGUUGGCAAACUCAUCGUCCCUCCUGAGAGGUUCCAGAAUGUCCACAUCACCAUUCCGUAGGUAGUCUUCUGGGUCAACUGUUGAUAAGGGCAGGUUUUAUUUUUGGCCUAGAUUUUGCUGCAGAUCAAAUCUUGAUGAUUCUCUUUCCUCACUUCUCUUCUCUUCUCUCUCUCUCUAACUUUUUUAUUCACGGAUAUUUUCACGUCUGUCUCUUUCUUUGUGUUUCCUCUAGCCCUUGUCUCUGAGACAGUGUUUUUCUCUUCUUCCCUUAUUGUCUUUUCAAAUGACCACGUCUACCUUUCUACUGUGGUCAUAAGAACCUGCCUGGGAGGAUAUGAGCUUUGUCAUCACAACCAUAGUAAUCCGCUGUCCUAGUCCCUAUAAGACUGGUGCUACCCACCCACCAUCGUGAGAGUAUAUAUGUAAGUUUGAGACACUCCCAGGUGCAGGGAAGGGCCGUGUUACGCACCCACACUAUCCCAUGUGGGCCCAGAACAGACCCUCAGGUAGUGCUGUAAUGUUGCAGAAGUCUGAGGCUACAGGACCUGAGAGUUUUUUUUUCCUUCGUGCAAUGCUAACUGGAUAAAGAGACGCUCAAAUCUGUAAAUUGAGCCCCAAAACCCAAGUAAGCCAACCAGCCUCAAGCCAGCACCAGCGCAGAAGUGUUGAACUAGUGGGAGUCUGGCCCCAAGGGCCUGCUAUUCCCUGGUUAAGUAUCUUGUGGGAUUCCAGAACACCCUGGGUUUCUCACUUUGGGGAAAAAAUAUAUUUUUUUGUCCAGUGAUUUCAAAAGACAUCAUGUAGUAUAGGGAGGCCUUCUAAACUCAGAAAAUCCUUGGGAAGUUGGACUUAAAGUCCAUUUUACUUUGCAAGGGGAACGAACCAUCUAUUUACUGAGUGAUACAUGACGUCAGAGCUGUUGUGGGGAGAAAACUUUACAAAUCAAACAUGUGGCCCCUUAGAGACCGAAGGUGAUCUUGUGUCCACAUCUUCCCUCUCCCUGUCUCAGUGACCCUCUCCACUAGCUGCCUUUGUACCUGUCCCUGUCUUUGCUGAUUUAUAUUGCAUAUCCUUCCAAGCGUGUUUACAGGUUCUCCUAAGCAAUGUUAUGUCUGCAAGCUUUUAUAAAAUCAAAUCUGCUUUUGUAAAGCAUAACAUAAAAAAAGUAGGUCAUUCCAUCAUUCCACUUGUCUCCACACGUUUUGCCUUUGGGGUUAUAGUUGGGGUUUAUUUUUUGUUGUUUGUUAUUUGAAAAGUAAAUUGCACUUUUAAAGAAUAAUUGGUUAACUUAAUAUAUUUGCUUUUUUUCUCAUCUGUAUUUAGAGGAAAUUUGAACCAGUUGGAAAAAAAUUUUGUUUCAAUUCUAAGAAACACUCGCAGCUCUUUAGUGUUCACUUGAGUCUUCCUGUUUUUCCUCUACCAGGUCAUGGUAAUUUUGAUUAUUCUGAUUGCUUUCUUAAAACAACUUAAAACCUGAAGAUUUCCGCAGGCUGUGUAAGCAUGUUUACCUGUUGGCUUGCUUUGUGUGUCUGUUAAAUGAAUGUCAUAUGUAAAUGCUAAAAUAAAUCGACAGUGUCUCAGAACUGAACAACUGCAGUGACUUGAUGCUCUAAAACAUGUAGGAUUUAAUAAUAGAUGGUUUUUAAUCCUUGGAAUUGUGAUUGUGACCCUGAGCGGAGGAGCUUUCAGUGCUAAAGCUGAUAAUGUGUGUAGCCAGAAGAGAACCUUUUUUUUUUUUUUUUUUGUAACCACUGUCUUAAAUGGCAAAAUAAUUAUGGUAAAAAAGCAAGUCUUGUGUUUAUUAUUCCUUAAGAACUCUGUGUUAUAUUACCAUGGAACGCCUAAUAA